AUGUCUCAAGUGUCUCAUACCACACGAGGACCUCGACCUGGGGAAGUUGAGGGCGUAGCCUAUUACUUUACAAAGGAUGAUGCAUUUUCUGCACUCGUCUCACAAGAUGGGUUCGUUGAACAUGCCACCUUCAACGGUCACCGUUAUGGUACGAGUAAGCAAACCAUCUCGGGCUUGGCUGAGAAGGGGCUCAUUGCCGUGCUUGAUAUUGACAUACAAGGUGUCAAGCAAUUAAAGGCAGCCUCUAGUAUUGAUGCCCGGUAUGUAUUUAUUGUACCGCCCAGCCUGGAAUGCCUUGAAGCCCGGCUUAGGGGACGUGGUACAGAAGCAGAAGAGGAUAUCCAGCACCGACUUUCCAAAGCUAUUACCGAACUCACCUAUGCUGAUAUUCCCGGCUUUUUUGACAAAAUCAUUGUCAAUGAUGAUUUGAACAGCGCUUAUGACGAGCUUGUCCAAUUUGCUCAUGGGAUUAGCUGA